AUGUCAAACGCGUCUAACGACAUCCUCUCAUGGACCAACCAGGACCCUCGUGAAAGUGUCCUCUUCAAUUCCUGGGGUGUCCUAUAUCGCUUCUCCACAAGCGUCGGUGCCAACGGCCAGAGCGUCACAACCUUGUAUCGUGCUAUCCGCCCCAACAAAGAGGACCGUGUGGCUAAGUUUGAGUGGGCCACCAAUGGUGCUCUAGGCCGAGUAAUCAUUGGCAAAACACAACUAUCCAUGGCCGACCUCGUGCGCCCAGAUCGUAACGUUUAUGGUGCAAGAGUCUUCAACGGUCCCGACGGUUUGCAAUACCGAUGGCGGCCAAGCAGUAACGGCAACGACGUAGUGCUUCAGGAUCAGAAUAACAACGUUAUUGCUUUCUUCCGACCGAUACGACAGACCCGAUAUCAAAUCGGGGAUGUCUAUGGCGAGCUUCAUUUCGUUCGAACCGCUGGUGCUGGUACGGUAAUGCACCCUCCCAUCAUGGACACGGUCACGGUGACUGCCAUGCUCUAUCGCUUCUGUGCCGCCUGGAAUCUGUAA